GUAACGCCUGAUAUCAUGUCACUUCAUAACACAUGACGUCUGUCUCUUCUUUUGGAAGCAGAGUUGGCUCAAACAAUAAUGGCUCGGAAUUUCCACCCGUCUGUCAUCGGCCCGGAGGCCUGGGAGGGCUACAUGUUUUCUGAUCUGGAGAUCCGCAUCAAAGAGUCCACAGACCUCUACGGAGCCGUACUCUGGCCUUCGGCAAUGGUGCUGUGCCAUUUCUUGGAGACCAACCGAGAUAAAUACAACCUGACAGACAAAAAUGUGAUUGAACUGGGUGCUGGGACUGGACUUGUCACCAUUGUAUCAAGCUUGUUGGGUGCUAAGGUGACCUCCACUGACCUACCAGAUGUCUUGGGGAACCUCCGGUACAACGUUGUGCGCAAUACCAAGGGUCGAUGCAAGUACAUCCCAGUGGUCACUGAGCUGAUUUGGGGUGCGGAGGUGCCGAAGCGUUUUCCUCGCACCACACAUUGUUUCGACUACAUCCUGGCAGCCGACGUGGUGUACGCACACCCGUACCUGGACGAGCUGAUGGAUACCUUUGACUACCUGUGCCAGGAAAACACACACAUUUUCUGGGCCAUGCGUUUCCGCCUGGACCCAGAGAACAACUUUGUGGAUCGCUUCCAGCAGCGUUUCCACCUGGAGGAGCUGUAUGACCUUCCCAGCCUCAGUAUCAAACUGUACAGAGCCUGGAGGAGGGACACGAGGACCACAGACCACAGAGAGACUGCUGCCUAAAGUCUGAACACAGACUGACAAUACAAUGUAUGUGACUGCCAUCUGAUUUAUUACCUGUCCUUCUAAACGGGAAAGCGUAGUUGUUGAGUAUUUUUAAUGAAUCUUGUGCAAAUGUCCCAAUACCUUUCUACUCUGAGACUUUUUGCAUGAAUUAUGUUAUGUCAGGUAGGAAAAGUAUCUCACAAAAUCUAUGCCUUCUUAAGUCUAGAAUGUCUUAAGAAUAACUUUACCUCUAUCCCAUAAGUAAUAUUCUCCAAAGUUGGAGCCAUCGCUGCUGUUUAUUUAUCUUGAGUUAGUCAUCAGGGGAACAUUAACAACUGGACUGUUAGCCUACUAGCAUGACUGACAGCUGAUCAUUUAAGUACAGUUAAAUCUGUAUCUUAAAAUAUAAAUGUGUGUGACCAUGUGGCAAACAUGCAAGUCAUGACAUCGCCCAUAAAAAUAUGAACUACCGCUUUUAAGCUUCCAGAAUCUCGACUUGGGGUGGGGUUGAGGUUUCACAUCAGGAAGUUCAGAGACUCUGGUUGGAUGAUAAAUUGCACAAAACUGACACCAUGCUCUGUUGGAGAACUGAAACUGCAAUUAAUACCAGCGAGUGUGGUCAUUUUCCCAUAGAUUCCACUCAAACUGACCUGAGCAACUAUUGAAUAGAUGGCUAUUCAAUAUCAAAUUGCUACUUCUUGGUUAGCUUCAGCCAGAAAACCAAAAGUCUACAGCCUACUAAAUUAAAAUCUCAUGGUAAUGGUUAAGUUGAGGGGUAAAGGUUAAAGUUAAGGGCUAAUGUUUGAGGUAGGGGUUACAAGAGAUGGUAAUGCCAGUUGGCUAACUGGCCAGCCAGCUAGCUAGCUAGCUAGAUAGCUUGUCGACCAUGUUUACACAUCUCAGGAAACUGAUUUACUGUAUGUUCUGUUCUAUUUUGACCCAACUAGCUUUGCAUUCAACGGGUAAACGGAACUUUAGAGUUGAUGAUGAUGAUGUACCUUGCUCCCAAUCAUAUCGGCUGGUUAGUUGAUUUUUUUUUUUUUCGUCUUUACUUGAUCAACAAUAAAAACAACACAAACUUUAAAGUGAAACUGACA